CGCCUGGCCCCCAAUAUCGUCGUCCCUGCAGUAGUGUCGGAUAUUAAGGCGGCCGCUCCCUCCUCCAAUUUCAAUUUCUGUCGACGCCAUUUCGUCGACCCAAUCUCUUGACCCUGUCUGGCAUAGGGAAGCUAACUCUCUCUUCCGACUGCCCAUCCAGGAGCCCUCUCACUCUCCGUUACUAAGAUUAACCACGCGCGCAACCACUGAGCCGUUGAUAUUAAGACACCCCUCCGCCCACCAUGGCCUCUACUGCGGACACUGCCGCUCCUAGCUACUCCAAUCCCUCGGCACACAAGGAAGACUCGCCCGACACUGCUGCUCGUCUUUCGCUCUCCUCUGUCGACAAUCAGUCCGGAACACGCAGGACCAGCUUCAACUUUCUGCGCAGAGCCAGCGGAAAGAGCUCCUCAGAAACACGCGGUAGCAGCGCCAGCCGAAGCACCUCGGGAGCAAAAAUGAGCCGCAAGCAAAAGGCCCUCGCCCAGGAGGAGGCGUUGCGCAGGCAGCGCGAGGCCAGUAUGCUCCCCACCCAGCCGCCCCGCCUGCCCUCGCACUCGGCCCUGCCCCAGAUUGCCACGUUCGGCGGCGAGGAUUCGUAUCGUCCAGACUCGGUCGCCAUUGUCUCCAACAAAGUCGGCGCCUACAACCCCAAUGCCUUCAACUUCAGUCGGCCCUCGAUUGACCCUUCCAAGGUGGCUCGCCAGCCCAACAUGCCGACCGGCCCUUCGCCUCCAUUGCCUGCCGACAUUGAUCCAUACCCCAGGGCCGAGAGCAUGACCAACCGUGGCCGCUACAGCUAUGCCAGUACCCAGGCCACCAACGUCAACAGCCCUCGCCGCGUGCGCAGGAGGAAGGAUCCCACACCAUUCAACAUCCUUGUUAUUGGCACAAAGGGCUCCGGCAAGUCCGCCUUCAUCGAGUUCCUGCGCACUGCCCUCGCGCUUCCCGCUAGUAAGCGACCGCGCACCCCUUCUCCACCUGCGACUGCCGUUGGUGGCGACGAUUCGCCCUUCACCUCGCAGUUUCUCGAGACUGAAGUCGAUGGCGAGAGAGUGGGUGUCACCCUCUGGGACUCCGAGGGCCUCGAAAAGAACAUUGUCGACUUCCAGCUGCCUCUGAUCACCACCUUUCUCGAGUCCAAGUUUGAGGACACAUUCAGUGAAGAGCAAAAAGUUGUCCGUUCCCCAGGAGCAAAGGACACGCAUAUCCACUGCGUGUUUUUCUUGUUAGAUCCCAUCCGUUUGGAUCAGAACAUUGCCGAAGCCCGCAAGAAUGCCAACAUUGUCAAUGCUGGCAGUGCCAUUUUUGGAGGCUUGGACGAGAAUCUGGAUCUCAAUGUGCUCCGCGAGCUCCAAACAAGGACUACCGUGAUUCCAGUCAUCAGCAAGGCAGACACCAUUACUGGUGCCCACAUGCGCUAUCUCAAGAAGACGGUGUGGGACACAAUCAAACAAUCCAAGUUGGACCCACUCGAGGCUUUGAACCUCGAAUUGGGCGACGACGAGGAUGAUGAUGAGGACCGACUUGACGAGCGCGACGAGGAUGAGUAUGAGCACUCGUCUGACGGCGAACAGAAAUCCGAGAUGCUCAACAAGAUUCUCGAACGAUCUUCUUCCGAAGCUGCGCGCUCAAUUGCUUCGUCUGCGUCGUCCACCAAAUCCCAAUCGCCUUCGGCGUUGGCACCAAAUGGUAGCAGGAACCACAGCCGCAAGCCGUCUGCCAUGGCUGCGUCGAUUCACAGCGAAAGCACUGAAACACCUUUCCUGCCUCUCAGCAUCAUCUCACCGGAUCCUUAUGACCCCGAGGUUAUUGGGCGUAGGUUUCCUUGGGGUUUUGCCGAUCCCUACAACCCAGAGCAUUGCGAUUUCGUCAAGCUCAGGGAAAGCGUCUUUAGCGAUUGGCGUUCUGAGCUUCGUGAAGCCAGCCGCGAGCAGUGGUAUGAGAGCUGGAGGACGACACGACUCGAAAAGGGCAGGCGUCGCGUCGUUACUGCAGAUGGACCGACAUCGAGACAACUUUCAGUCCCUGCUUCCAAUGGUCGCGCAGUCAGCGCAGAAGGUCGCGAGUAUCGCCCAUACCGACCUGGUGCCUUUUAACCGACCAUCUGCUCUAGAAGCAAAAACAGCAGUAUGUGAAAUUAACAAGAAUCCGCGCUGGUACGUCGUUGGACCACAACACUGCCAGUCUCCAUUAUCUGAAAGCAGCAUCUAUCCAACAAUGCAUGUUUGAGGAAACAACAAUUUGGACGUGCCGAGCAUGUUACACUUUCACAUCGUAUGCAUUUCACAAGGUGCAUGUGUAUACUUGAGUUUGGCACAUACCUUUUCCUAUGUCGACUAUGUCUGAUACUCUUUUGUGUUUUUCUUUGUCUGUUUAUCUGAGUUUGACUUCAGUAUUGCGCAUACCCCCUUUCGAUUGUUUAGUACCCCUUAGAUUCAUGCUCUUCCCACGCCGUUUCCUCUUUGCAAGAAGGAUCCGGGUGGUUAAACUUGGCGCUGAGCGUAGCUUUUAUUGACGAGGUAGUUCCAAACUGUAUUUAGCGGUUGCUUCUUUAUGUAGCAAUUGAGGGGUUG